AGCCUUCUCUCUCCUUGCUAAGACGCCACACGCCUCUCAGUCACUUCCACCCAAUGCGAUGGCUCGUUCACUUUUUCUCUCUCUCAACAAAUCAAUCUCCACCGUCCAUCUCCAGCACCACUGCCUCCCCUUCACACAAUUCUCUCGCUUUGUAUCUUUCCGCACUCAAUCCAACCAACCCGACCUCUCCGACCUGUCCACGACCGACCCUUUGCUCUCGAAGCUCGAGGACGCCAUCCACUGCAUCAUCGUCCGCCGCUCCGCACCCGAUUGGCUCCCCUUUUUGCCCGGUUCUUCGUACUGGGUCCCGCCUCCCAAAUCCCAAUUCUACGAUGUGGCUCAAUUAGUUGAGAAAUUAGCCAAUCCGUUGACCCCCGAACAACCUAUGUCUACUAACAACUUUCGAGGCUGGCCGUCGUCGGAUUAUUUUGUUAAAGGUGCAUCUUUAUAUCCAGUGGAAGCAGACACAACUUCCACUAAUGUAUCUCAAACUGAAGAUGAGGAGGGAUGAAUGACUCCUUAAAAUGUCGCGCAUAUGGGCACCCCUCAGAGCUGUAAAUUUAUGUAGAACCAAGAUCAGAAAGCAGAAAAACCCCUGCAUCGACAGACUUCCAAGGAGCAGAUCCUGCAACUUCGUUUGGGAUGAUAACUUAUUUCCAAAUUUUCCACUGCCCGAAAUAACUUUACAUCAUUCCACAUGUUGUUUGCCAUUGCAUCUUAUGUCGGAAUCAUAUAUAUAAUUGUAUGUAUAGAUUUUAGAUACCCUCGUUUCAUCUGAUGAUAAUGUAGUUAUUUGACAUUUCCUAACUUUAUUAUACAUCUGCUGCGGCGGAUUCUUGUGAAAAAUUGUCUGUUGUCAUUCUGGGCUCCCAUUUUCUUCAAAAGAUUAGUAGAAAUUUCAACUUGUAUCAA